AUGUACUCGCAAUUUCGCAAUCCGCGCGCGCCGGGCGUACAAAUCCAUGCAGUGCCCGAAUCCGAACGAGCGGUCGACAGCAAUGGACGCCGCCUACCAUGGGGCUACGACUAUUCCACCACAGCCAACGCGGAGGCUUCAGAUCGACGCGAGCCCGUUGACAAAGGUCCUUUUGGUCGGAGUAUGCGCAGAAGCCGAAGUGGCUUCAGCCGGUCACGGUCCAAGACGGCAGAGCCCCGGCGGGAAGAGGACAGGAUACGGGCAGAGAACAUGGCGGCCGAGGAUGCAAUCUUCGGCUCAAUGAAGAAAAUCAGCAGUGGCAAAGAUGAGGCAGGCGCAGAGGGUGCGGAGAAGGUUGCACGGGCUGCACACGUUGCAGAGUGCGAGAGCGAGCCGACGGAGGUGUUUCUUUAUGGCUUCGGAGAGGAGCUGCAGUGGGCCGCCAUCGACUUUUACGAGCGCGUUUCCAGCGGAAUCAUCCUGGAGGACUAUGAGCGCCAGCCGCCUGGUCAGCGAUUCGAUGUUUCAAGAAGCAUGGGCAGAAACAGGGCACAAAAGAGCCUCUCGCGAGCGGCCAUGCGCAAGAAGAACAAGUUUGCAGGCGGCGAGCAUUGGAUCAAGGUCACCUUUGACUCACGAAAAGCGAGCGAGCUCGCUAUUUCACGCUCACCGCACACCAUCAAGGGCUACUUGGUCUACGCGGAACCAUAUCAAGGGCGGGGGCCCACGCGAGACGAACCACUGUUUGCUACUCAGGCUGGCGUUCAAAUCACAAGUGAUGUCCUUCCACCCAGCUUCUCGACCGACGAUCCCUUCAACCGCAGGUCCAGCGAGUCGGCGACUAUGUCAUCCGCUACAGCAACCGAUGGCGUUCGUGAUCAGCAGCAAGAACGUGGACAGCAGCGUCCGCCAUGGGGAUUCGUUUCGACCAACAACCUUGACGAUUCUCCCACAGCUAGCUCCUCCACUUUCAACAACAACGCGCUCUCCCCACGAGCACAAACAACGGCAACGCCAGCCCGAUCCACUGGUUUCGAGCAAGACGCUUUAUCUGACGCGACCCCGCGUCCGCGUGGAUUCCGUGUUGAGGGCGCAGUGCGAGCAGUCGUUCUUCCGGCUGAGAUGGCACUGGCACCAAAAACGGCAAAGACUUCCUGGACGUCUUGGAUCGGUGCGAGCGAGAUCAUCGGCUCCGCAGUUCCCAGGAAGGAAAAUGGCACGUUCGACUGGGAUCGAGCGAGUUUCUACUGGCAGCUCUUCAUGUUCAUUGACUUGUGGCUGGGCACAGACUUUUGCGGCAUGAAGGGCGACGAUUGA